AGAGUGAGACUGAGAACAGGAAGCGGAGGCAGAAGCAAAGGGGAUUCUGGAAAGGUCUCUGUGUUUUUCUUUUUCCACUCAGAAUGCAGAACUUAUAUAGUGAAUUAUAUAUAUAUUUCUGUAAAGCGUCACGGUCAGAAACCUCGAUCAUUACAAUAGGAAGCAUUUGACAUGGUCCUGCUGCCUGGAUGCUGUGCUGUGAUUUGUGUCACUCCCUUUUCAUCAGGAAUAGGAAAGAAGCUAAUGCAGAAAGUUGACACAGAAUAUGAAGAUCUUUUUAAACCAGGAAUAGGAAAGAAAAGAAAGAACCGGAAAUAAAUGUCACACAGAAGAGAUUAAACACUAGGAGGUUCCGGUGCAGGCUGAUUAUGCUAAUCUAAAUGGAAAGGACACUGCCCCCUGCAAAGCUGAAAACAAGAUCUUCAUAUAGCUAUAUUUUUUUUCCCCAAGGUCUGUCUGGUGGUAAUGUGACUAGAAGCUAGAAACAUUAUCUUCUUAAACUUCCUUUUUUCGUGUGCCAGAAUGGAGAAGAUCUGCUGACAGGAGAAGCAUUCUGUUUCUACCAGUGUUAAGGAUGGGCUUUCUUGAACUCAUUUUGCCUCUUGAGGAAAAUAUGGUUUUGUUGUCCUGAGUCAUUGCAUAGCCCACCCAAAGGAAUAUACAUGCAGCUCCAGUGGCUCUGUUUCAAGAUCCAACAUUGCCCAGAGAUAAAAGGGUCAUUCUUAUGCAAUAGGCUAAAAGUAAUUUAAAUGUGCAGGAUGAAAAAAUGGCACAGGCACUGCUGGUACCACCAGGACCUGACAGCUUCCACUAUUUUAAUAGAGAAUCUCUUGCAGCUAUUGAAAGACGCUGUGCAGAGGAGAAAGCUAAAAAGCCCAAACAUGAUCAUUCAGAUGGUGAUGACGAAAAUGGGCCAAAGCCAAAUAGUGACUUGGAAGCAGGGAAAACCCUUCCAUUUAUAUAUGGAGACAUUCCUCCAGGAAUGGUGUCUGAACCAUUGGAAGACCUUGACCCGUAUUAUGGCAAUAAAAAAACCUUCAUAGUAUUGAAUAAAGGAAAGGCAAUUUUCCGAUUCAGUGCCACAUCUGCCUUGUACAUUUUAACCCCUUUCAAUCCUCUCAGAAAAAUUGCUAUUAAGAUUUUGGUACAUUCAUUAUUCAGCAUGCUUAUUAUGUGCACUAUUUUGACCAACUGUGUAUUUAUGACCAUGAGUAACCCUCCAGAAUGGACCAAGAAUGUAGAGUACACAUUCACUGGAAUUUAUACUUUUGAAUCGCUUAUUAAAAUUCUUGCAAGGGGCUUUUGUUUAGAAGCUUUCACUUUUCUUCGAGACCCAUGGAACUGGCUCGACUUCAGUGUAAUUUUGAUGGCGUAUGUAACAGAAUUUGUAAACCUAGGCAAUGUUUCAGCUCUUCGAACUUUCAGAGUAUUGAGAGCUUUGAAAACUAUUUCUGUAAUCCCAGGCCUGAAGACCAUUGUGGGGGCCCUAAUUCAGUCAGUGAAGAAGCUUUCGGAUGUCAUGAUCCUGACUGUGUUUUGUCUGAGUGUAUUUGCGUUAAUAGGUCUGCAGCUUUUCAUGGGGAACCUGAGGCAUAAAUGCCUGAUUUGGCCACCAGACAAUUCGACUUUUGAAAGCAACACAACUUCCUACUUCAGUAGCACAAUAGCAGAAAAUGGUACCUUUGUUAACACUACAUCGAGCACAUUUGACUGGGAGCAGUACAUUGAGACUGCAAAUCAUUUUUAUGUUUUGGAAGGACAAAGAGAUGCCCUUCUUUGUGGCAACAGCUCAGAUGCUGGCCAAUGUCCAGAAGGAUAUAUGUGUGUAAAAGCUGGUAAAAACCCCAACUAUGGCUACACAAGCUUUGAUACCUUCAGCUGGGCCUUCUUGUCACUCUUUCGGCUGAUGACUCAGGACUACUGGGAAAAUCUUUACCAAUUGACAUUGAGAGCCGCUGGCAAAACAUACAUGAUCUUUUUUGUCCUGGUGAUAUUCCUGGGCUCUUUCUACCUGAUCAACUUGAUCCUGGCUGUUGUUGCCAUGGCCUAUGAAGAGCAGAAUCAAGCCACCAUGGAAGAAGCAGAGCAGAAGGAGGCCGAGUUUCAGCAGAUGCUGGAACAGCUGAAGAAACAACAAGAAGAAGCCCAGGCAACAGCAGCUGUGGCAGCAGCCUCAGUAGCAUCAAGAGAUUUCAGCGGCGUGGGUGGAUUGGGGGAGCUCUUGGAAAGUUCUUCAGAGGCAUCUAAAUUAAGCUCCAAGAGUGCUAAAGAAAGAAGGAACAGGAGGAAAAAAAGAAGAAAGAAGGAGCUUUCGGAAGCGGAAGAUAGAGAAGUUGAAAAUUUUCCUAAAUCUGAAUCAGAAGACAGCAUCCAAAGGGGAGGUCGCCUAUCCUAUGAAAAGAGGACUUCAACUCACCAGUCUUUGUUGAGUCUCCGUGGCUCCUUGUUUUCCCCAAGGCGCAACAGCAGGACAAGUAUUUUCAGCUUCAGAGGCAGAGCGAAGGAUAUAGGAUCGGAGAAUGACUUUGCUGAUGAUGAGCACAGCACUCUGGAAGACAAUGAGAGCAGAAGAGAUUCUUUCUUUGUUCCAAACAGACACAACAGCGAAUGCCGCAACAGUAACACCAGUCAAGUGAGUCUGUCAUCAAGGAUGGUGCCAGCAGUUCCAGCAAAUGGGAAGAUGCACAGCACCGUGGAUUGCAAUGGUGUCGUUUCCUUGGUGGGAGGACCUCUGACUUCACCUACUGGACAGCUUCUGCCAGAGGGCACCACUACUGAAACAGAAAUAAGAAAAAGAAGAUUAAGCUCUUAUCAAAUUUCUAUGGAUCUGAUGGAAGAAUCUGCAGCAAGACAAAGAGCCAUGAGUAUAGCCAGCAUACUCACAAACACUAUGGAAGAACUUGAAGAAUCCAGACAGAAGUGUCCACCAUGCUGGUAUAGAUUUGCAAAUAAUUUCUUGAUCUGGGAUUGCUGGAGUCCAUGGUUAAAAGUAAAACACAUCAUGAAUUUAAUAGUGAUGGAUCCAUUUGUUGAUCUUGCCAUUACUAUCUGCAUUGUUUUGAAUACACUAUUUAUGGCCAUGGAGCACUAUCCAAUGACUUCGUAUUUCAACCAUGUUCUUUUUGUUGGAAACCUGGUCUUCACUGGGAUCUUCACCGCAGAAAUGGUCCUCAAGAUAAUAGCCAUGGAUCCUUAUUAUUAUUUUCAAGAAGGCUGGAACAUUUUUGAUGGCGUCAUUGUCAGCCUGAGUUUGAUGGAGCUGGGUCUUGCAAAUGUGGAAGGAUUGUCUGUUCUAAGAUCCUUCCGACUGCUCCGGGUUUUCAAAUUGGCUAAAUCCUGGCCAACACUAAACAUGCUGAUCAAAAUUAUUGGCAACUCCGUGGGUGCUCUGGGAAAUCUGACCUUGGUCUUGGCCAUUAUUGUCUUCAUUUUUGCCGUGGUUGGUAUGCAGCUGUUUGGUAAAAGCUACAAGGAAUGUGUGUGCAAGAUCUCUAAUGACUGUGAACUUCCACGCUGGCACAUGAAUGACUUUUUCCACUCUUUCUUGAUCGUGUUCCGAGUACUUUGCGGAGAAUGGAUAGAAACCAUGUGGGACUGCAUGGAGGUUGCAGGUCAAACCAUGUGCCUUAUUGUUUUCAUGCUGGUCAUGGUGAUCGGAAACCUCGUGGUCCUGAACCUGUUUCUGGCCUUGCUGCUGAGCUCUUUUAGUUCAGAUAACCUUGCUGCUACAGACGACGAUAACGAAAUAAACAAUCUCCAGAUUGCUGUGGCAAGGAUUCAGAAGGGAGUAGACUAUAUAAAGAAAAAAUUACGAGAAGUUGUUCAAAAAGGCUUUGUUGGCAGGCAGAAAGCUAUAGAGGAUAUCAAAGUGCUCGAAGAACUAAAUCACAAGAAAGACACCUACAUUUGCAACCAUACGAUGAUUGAAAUAACGAAAGAUGUUAAUUAUCUGAGAGAUGGGAAUGGAACCACCAGUGGUGUAUGCACAGGCAGCAGUGUGGAAAAAUACAUUAUUGAUGAAAAUGAUUAUAUGUCAUUUAUAAAUAAUCCGGGCCUUACUGUGACUGUACCAAUCGCAGUUGGAGAGUCAGAUUUUGAAAAUAUAAAUACAGAGGAAUUUAGCAGUGAAUCCGACCUUGAAGAAUGCAAAGAGAAGCUAAAUGCAACCAGCUCAUCCGAAGGCAGCACAGUUGACAUUGCCCCACCUGGAGAGGGUGAACAGGCAGAGAUUGAACCCGAAGAAUCUCUUGAACCUGAAGCCUGUUUUACAGAAGGCUGCAUCAAGAAGUUCCCAUGUUGUCAAGUGAGUAUAGAAGAUGGCAAAGGAAAAAUCUGGUGGAAUUUUAGGAAAACCUGCUACAGCAUAGUUGAACACAACUGGUUUGAGACGUUCAUUGUAUUUAUGAUUCUCCUCAGCAGUGGUGCGCUGGCCUUCGAAGACAUAUAUGUUGAACAGCGGAAGACCAUCAAGACCAUGUUGGAGUAUGCAGACAAAGUCUUCACGUACAUCUUCAUUCUGGAAAUGCUUCUGAAGUGGGUUGCUUAUGGCUUUCAGAUAUAUUUCACUAAUGCCUGGUGCUGGCUGGAUUUCCUCAUUGUAGAUGUUUCAUUGGUUAGUUUAGUAGCCAAUGCUCUGGGCUAUUCUGAACUUGGUGCCAUUAAAUCACUUCGAACACUAAGAGCUUUGAGGCCUUUAAGAGCCCUGUCACGAUUUGAAGGAAUGAGGGUGGUGGUUAAUGCCCUGGUAGGCGCAAUUCCCUCCAUCAUGAACGUGCUUCUCGUAUGUCUUAUAUUCUGGCUGAUCUUCAGCAUCAUGGGCGUAAAUCUGUUUGCUGGCAAGUUCUACCACUGUGUUAACACCACAACAGGUGGAAUGUUUAAUAUCAGCGAGGUUGACAAUAAAACUCAGUGCGAAGAACUCAUCAACGACAAUCAGCCUGCCCGGUGGAAAAAUGUGAAAGUAAACUUUGACAAUGUUGGAGCUGGUUAUCUCGCUCUGCUUCAAGUUGCUACUUUUAAAGGAUGGAUGGAUAUUAUGUAUGCAGCUGUUGAUUCACGGCAUGUAGAAGAUCAGCCCUAUUAUGAGGACAACCUGUACAUGUAUCUUUAUUUUGUUAUCUUCAUCAUCUUUGGAUCAUUUUUUACCUUAAAUCUUUUCAUUGGUGUCAUCAUAGACAACUUCAAUCAGCAAAAAAAGAAGUUUGGAGGACAGGACAUCUUUAUGACAGAAGAACAGAAGAAAUACUAUAAUGCAAUGAAAAAAUUAGGCUCUAAAAAGCCACAAAAACCUAUACCUAGACCGGGGAAUAGAUUUCAAGGCAUGGUCUUUGAUUUUGUAACAAAACAAGCCUUUGACAUCAGCAUCAUGAUUCUUAUCUGCCUUAAUAUGGUCACCAUGAUGGUGGAAACAGAUGACCAAAGCAAAGAAAUGGAAACUAUUUUAACUAGGAUUAACCUGAUCUUCAUAAUCCUUUUCACUGGGGAAUGUGUACUUAAACUGGUUUCACUCCGUCAUUAUUACUUCACCAUUGGCUGGAACAUUUUUGAUUUUGUAGUUGUCAUUCUCUCCAUUGUAGGUAUGUUUCUAGCAGAGAUUAUUGAAAAAUACUUUGUGUCGCCCACCUUGUUCCGAGUCAUCCGACUCGCCAGGAUAGGUCGAAUCCUGCGUCUAAUCAAGGGUGCAAAAGGGAUCCGCACUCUGCUUUUUGCCUUGAUGAUGUCUCUCCCUGCCUUGUUUAACAUUGGCCUCCUCCUUUUCCUCGUCAUGUUCAUCUAUGCUAUAUUUGGAAUGUCCAACUUUGCCUAUGUGAAGAGAGAAGUGGGAAUUGAUGACAUGUUCAACUUUGAAACUUUUGGCAACAGCAUGCUCUGCCUCUUCCAAAUCACCACCUCUGCUGGCUGGGAUGGUUUGCUGGCACCCAUUCUCAACAGUGGGCCACCAGACUGUGACCCUGAGAUAGACCAUCCAGGAAGCUCAGUCAAAGGAGACUGUGGCAAUCCUUCUGUUGGGAUUUUCUUCUUUGUCAGCUACAUUAUCAUAUCAUUUUUAGUUGUAGUAAACAUGUACAUUGCUGUGAUUUUGGAGAACUUCAGCGUUGCCACGGAAGAAAGCGCUGAGCCUUUGAGUGAGGAUGACUUUGAGAUGUUCUAUGAAGUUUGGGAAAAGUUUGAUCCAGAUGCAUCCCAGUUCAUAGAAUACAGUAAACUCUCCACUUUUGCUGCUUCACUGGAUCCUCCUCUCCUAAUACCAAAACCAAACCACGUUCAGCUUAUUGCAAUGGAUUUACCCAUGGUAAGUGGCGACAGAAUUCACUGCCUUGACAUCUUGUUUGCCUUUACAAAACGUGUUUUGGGAGAGAGUGAGGAAAUGGAUUUACUCAGAGUACAAAUGGAAGAUCGAUUCAUGGCAGCUAAUCCUUCAAAAGUUUCAUACGAACCAAUUACAACCACCCUGAAACGAAAGCAAGAGGAGGUGUCUGCUACCAUCAUCCAGCGGGUUUUCAGGCGCUACCUCUUAAAGCAAAAAGUUAAAAAAGUGACCUCUAUGUAUAAUAAAGAUAAGUGCAAAGAUGGUGAUGUCUUUCCCAUCAAAGACAUGAUUCCUGAUCAGUUUAAUGGGAACUCCACUCCGGAGAAAACAGAUGAGAGCUCCUCCACCACCUCCCCACCUUCCUAUGAUAGUGUUACAAAGCCAGACAAACAGAAAUAUGAAAAAGGCAAAACAGCCAGAGACUACAAAAGUAAAGAUGCCAGGGUUAGCAAAAAGUGAAGCAAACUAUUUAAAUUCUGUUUGUGUGCAAAAAUUGUUUACAGCCUCUGAAAGGGAUGUAUUUGUCAGCAAGACUCCAUUGGGAGAUUUAUGCCAAACUGUCAGUUUUUACUUUAUAAAUAUAUUGCAUAUAUAUAUAAAUCUAUACAAUCUCUCUAAAGGUCAGUGCCUAUAACAAGACAGUGACCCUUUGUCACCAAACUGUAACUCUGUAAAUCAGGGUAAUGGCCUCGUGUACUCAUUACAACAGCUGACGUUGUGGAAGAGAGAGAGGGAGAGACAAUAUGGCUGCUCUGAAAGGUGCACAAAGCUAUAGCCUUUGUGUAUAAUAAACUGCAAGACACUUAGUUUGGUAAGUGUUUUCACUGUGUGUAUUUCAACUGCCACAUUUGCCAUAUUUUUACACACACACACAAUGUAGGUGAUCAUUUUUUAAAAAUUCACAGGGUGUUUACUAUUAUAUGUGACUAUUUUUGUAA